AGCAUGAGCUCCUUUCUAGAUUACCCUGUCAUCAACGGAGACACCGGGUGCUCACCCAGGGCUUACCACCCAGACCAUGGAAUUACAACUUUUCAGUCCUGCGCUGUCACAGCUAAUACUUGUAGCCGAGACGAUCGCUUUAUUGUAGGCAGGGGUACCCAAGGUGGCCCAUCUCAUCAUCAGCCUGGAUCUUACCAGCACCAUAACAGUCUGGGGAUCUCUUAUACCAGCCACCCCAGCUGUAGCACAGGUUAUGGCACGCAGAAUUUCUGCACAGGUUACAGUCACUAUUCUCUGAGCCAGGAUGCGGAUUCCACUGCAGGGUAUCCCCAAUGUACCCCAGCUGUUUACACUGGGAAUAUUUCGUCUUCCAUGGUCCAUCAUCACCAAGGUUACAGCGGAGCAGCAUUGGGUCCAAUCCACUAUCCCCAUCAAGCUUAUGGACACGAGGAACAGAAUGUGACACUGUCAGCCUGCAAUAACCCCUUAUCCCCUGUGCAUGCCAGUCACCAGGAAACCUGCUGCUCUCCGUUAUCAGAGGCUUCAGCCCCAGCACAGACAUUUGAAUGGAUGAAAGUUAAAAGGAAUCCUCCCAAAACUGGCAAAGUCGGAGAAUAUGGUUUCGCUGGACAACCGAACACAGUAAGAACAAAUUUUACAACCAAGCAACUCACAGAGCUGGAGAAGGAGUUUCACUUCAACAAGUACCUGACAAGAGCCAGGAGAGUGGAAAUAGCAGCUGCCUUGCAGCUGAACGAGACGCAAGUAAAGAUCUGGUUCCAGAACCGUAGAAUGAAGCAAAAGAAACGAGAAAAAGGGGGAUUGAUACCGGCUUCUCCUUCAAAAACACCAGUCAACGACGAAAAGACAGAUGAGUCAUCAGAAAAAUCAAUUUCAACACCGUCAACCCCUUCUCCAGCUUCGUCCUCUGCAGAAACUCAAACUACCUCAAUUUAGGACAUCACAGACACAAUAUAUAAGACGGGUGUUACACAACAGUGUGCCUGUGUUGGAUGUGAUCUAAGCUUUUCCACAUUGCCAUUAAUCACUGUCAUUGGAAAUAGUAACGUAAUUUCCUCUUUAUUUAUUAACUUUAUGUAAAGACCAAGGAACCCAGGCUAAGUUAAAAAUAAAAUUAAUGGGUUCUAUUUUAGAAUACCUAGUUUGUGAGUUUUCCAUGAUUGCAUGUUUAACUAUAAACGGGAAACAAAACGAUUUCGCAGUGCAGCCAAAUUGUUUG